UUUCCUUACUGAUCAGUUGACACUAGCUAGGUAGCGUUAUUUAUUUUUGUUGCCAUAGCUAGCCUAGUCUAGUCGGCUCUAGCUAAGUAAAGAUAACUUCGUUAGCUAACUAAACAUUGUCAUUAGCCACGGUUCCGGUAACUUCACCAGUGUUGCAUUUGUGAUAUAAUUAAAGAUGUAUGCUUUUUUGGCAAUUCAUACAACAACGCUAGCAGUUCAAUUAACUAACGUUAGCUAGCAAUCAAGCUGGGCGAUAACUAAGUUCCUGGACGUGUCGCUAUGUAAAUUAGCUUCAUUGUGUACAAAUGCAACCGAGUACGUCUCGCUACUAGCCAAAGCUGUUGUGUGGUCUGUUUCUGCGUGAAAGUGAAAGUCUUCAAACUGGAGAUGAGACGAUGAACCUGGUGAACAACGAGAGGUCCUAAGGAAUGCGAGUCAAGGAGUCUCCUGGUGGGCUGAUGGUGGAGCAGACUUUCAGAGAUGCAGAGGAGUACACACCGUUGUGUAGUGACACCCUGAGAUUAUCUACUGAAUAGAUGGAUGAAGUCAGGAAUGCAAGUCCAUCUUCAGCGGAGCACCCCGUCUUACCCAAACAGCCUACCCAAAUUAAGGAUCAAGCGGUCUGCUCUGCUAGACAGAGGAGGAGGAAUAAUAAGGCCAGCCAGGAGAGUCUGACUGAGCAUACCGGCACCGGGUCCUCCACAGACUCCCUCCAGAAUGACGGAAUGGCCCGGCCUGUCUUCAGUAGCACUGCCUCUCUCGAGAACGAACACAGCGCUGUGGACGGUCGUCUCUGUGACAGCCCCAGGGAGCAGGAGGUCGGCCCGUCUGGGACCGAGAAGAAGAGCUCUGAUAUCGACAGUCCGCCGUGUCCGUCUCCUGCUGUGGAGCCCUGUCCCGCUUCCACGUCUUUAAGGACAGCUAAUGAGAUUGAUGGGGAUUGUGAGGAUUAUGAUGUAGUGGCCAGAGGGGGUUUGGAGCGCCUGCAUAGGAACCACUGCGACUGCCCGCUUUCAGAGACCAUGGUGUCUGACAACACCUCCCUCAACUCCAUGAAGUCCUCCUUCAGUGUGCUCAACCCUAUUCGACCAAAAGAUGCAAGGAACAGAAGCUUCCUGGAGGGCAGUGUCCUGGGCCACGGUGCAUUGCUUGGGGCGGGCGAGCUCGACCGAUACUUCCCUGAAAGACGAGUCGGAGUCUAUAUCGUCACGUGGAACAUGCAAGGAGCGAAGGAACUUCCAACCAACCUGGAUGACCUUCUGCUCCCCAUGGAUACUGAAGUUGCUCAGGAUAUGUACAUCAUAGGAGUCCAGGAGGGCUGUGCUGACAGGAGGGAAUGGGAUAUACGCCUGCAAGAAGCCCUGGGGCCAUAUUAUGUGAUGUUGUAUGCUGCUGUUCAUGGGGUGCUGUACCUCAGUGUCUUCAUUCGGAGGGAUCUGAUCUGGUUCUGUUCAGAAGUGGAACAAGCUACGGUCACGACACGCAUCAUCUCUCAGAUUAAGACCAAGGGUGCUGUGGGGGUCAGCUUCACCUUCUUCGGCUCGUCCUUCCUCUUCCUCACCUCCCACUUCACCUCUGGGGAUAGUAAAGUGUACGAAAGGAUUCUUGACUACAACAAGAUAAUUGAAGCACUGACUCUUCCCAAAGUCAUUCCAGACACCAACCCUUACCGCUCCGUACUCUCGGAUGUGACGACCCGAUUUGACGAGGUCUUCUGGUUCGGGGACUUCAAUUUCCGCCUGAGUAAGGAGCGGGCAGCAGUGGAGGCCAUCAUUAAGGAGCGCCUGGGGUUAGACAUGAGCCCACUACUGCAGUACGACCAGCUGUCCAAGGAGAUGGGAGAUGGUUCUGUCUUCAAAGGAUUCCAGGAAGCACCCAUUCACUUCCUUCCAACGUAUAAAUUUGACAUCGGCUCGGACGUAUACGAUAGCACGUCCAAGCAGAGAACUCCUUCAUACACAGACCGGAUACUGUACCGUAGCCGACAGAGGGAUGACAUCAAGACGGUUAAGUACACCUCCUGCUCCUCCAUCAAGACAUCGGACCACCGACCUGUAAUUGGUAUAUUCCAGGUCAAACUCCAACCGGGACGGGACAACAUUCCACUGGGGGCUGGUCAGUUCGACAGAGACCUGUAUCUGGAGGGCAUCCGGAGGAGGAUCACCAGGGAGCUGAAGUGGAAGGAGGCCAUGAAGACCCAGAAGACCAGCAGCAUCUGCUCCAUCUCCUGAAUCACGGGCACCAGUCCCAAGUUCUGAGGAACCGCAACAGACAAGAAAGGGCAAGAAAAAGUCUUGGCUUUUUCACUAGGCCUGCAGACUCAGCAGAAUGACUUUUAUACACCAUUCCACAGAAAUCCAAGGAUUCCACGGUUCUGCUUCCAGUGACUUAUUCCACAUUAACCAAAUAAUCUAAAGUAUGUAUAUGCUCUACUUUUGUUUAACCAGCCUAUGGUGAAUAUAUAGGCUGUGUAAGGGAAACCUUGAGCUUUUUAUCCAUUUUGGUUUCAUCAGUAUGAUCAUUCCGUUACAUGGCCUAACUCAAACAGGUUAACAGACGAGCUCUGCUUUACUUGUGCAAUGCCAUUGGACGCUGAGCCCAGACUAACGAUCUGUUGACGUUGAUCUAAGCAGGUGCGCCUUUGUGUAGUUUCAAAUUGAGCAAGGAGUGUUGAUUGAAGAUGAGCCAUUACCAUGUUUCUUGGUUGCCUUAAAAUAUAGCCUUCAGCUGAGAUGCAGCAUAGGGAAGUGUAUUAAAGUCAGCUGACAUCAAUGCCUUUGGAAAACGACCAGAGAAUAUGUAGGAGCGGCUGACUUGUCCUGUAAACACUAAAAAGGUAAAAUUACUGUCUUCUUUAAUUCUUCACUUGGGACCUAUUUAUUGGAGGAAGAAACUGAACAACUUACACGUAUUGCUGAUAACAGCUGAAAUGACAACCAAAAUUCUGGGCAUAGUUGCACUGCAAGCUGACUGAUGUACAUAGAGGCUUUGUUCUGUUAAUAGUACAUGUCAGCAUUUGCUAUUCCUCACUUGUGUGCACAAGCAUUUUGAUUGUCUUUUUCUUUUGCUUUGAAAUGACAACUAUUCCAUCCUUCAAAAUGAAGAUUAACGGUUGCAUAAAAUUUCAUUACAGAGUAUUUUGAGGUUAACACAAUAUCCCAUGUACAGUGCACAUAAACAUGUUUUAUAGAUGGAAUUGUAACAUCUGAAAGUAUGAAUAAAACCUUUAGUUUUAUAAACCGAGUAACUGACA